CUGUAUCUGCCUCUUUGCAGGCGAGCGCGCUCAUAAGGGGCAAUAUUUGCCUUGCUCGAAGAAAAUACAGAUUGUUGCCGUUUUCUUGCUUUGAAUGCGAGGUGGGAGCAUGGGGGAAAGCGGACUUUAAAAGGGGAUUGAAACCGCUUGGCGGUCAGUAGCGCCCUGUCCCCUCCGGCCUAAAGGGGGAACGGAAAUGUGAGGAUUUUAUGAGGGCGGGGAGCCGGGGUACGGAGGAAAUACUGCCCGGGAGUUGCCGGAGGGAACGCAGGACCGAUCCGCGGUUGCCCCUUGUUUGGCUCCGUCCUUUUGCGGCUUCCCCUUUCGCUUUACUCCGGUAUCUCUGCUAGACGUCCUGCCUUAAACUACCGCGAAAGGGAGGGAAGAGCGGAAGCAUGUCCAACCCGGAGAAGCGGAUCUUAUCCCGCCCCUCGGCCCCCCUGGCUGCAGCACCCGGGGAAAAGCCCGGCUCCGGCAGCAGCCCGCUCCACUCCCAUGGCCAGAGCGGUGGAGGUGGAGGCAGCGGCGGGUCUCCUCCUCCUCCCCCCGCUCCUGGAGGCGACUCGGCUCCCUGCAGCUCCCUCUCUCUCCUCCUAACAACCACCACCAGCAGCAGGAGCCGCUCUGCAGGCACAGCCUCCUCCGCCGUCUCCGCCAGCAUCGUCUCUAGAGCGGCAGCGGCUCCUUUCUUCGUUCCAAUCCCCUCCUUCUCCUCCGCUUCUCCAUCUUCUUUUUAUUUCUUGCCGCCGCCUCCUCGUUUCCCCUCCUCGUUUUCCUUUAACCUCACAAGUCUCCAAGGGAGGGAAGGAGGAGGAGAGGCAGCGAGAGCGGGAGGAGGAGGUGGAGGAGGAGGAGGAGGAAGAAGAGAUGUUGGCAGAGCAGCAGCAGCAGCAGCUCACUUGAUCGCCCAUCCAGGCGGCAGUGGCAGGAGGAGACUCUUCUGUUCUUCCUCCAUCCAGGGCUUGCUGCUCCGUUCCGCAGCCGGCGGCCCCCGGCAGCACCACUCCCGGCUCCUCCUCUCCCCAGCCGCCUCUCGCCCGUGGUCCUGCAAUUCCCUCGGUGCUGCAGCAGCAGCAGCAGCCCGCGGCGACGGGAUCCGAGGAGGCGACGGCCCCGGCGGGAGCAGGACUCCUAGGCGGCAGCAGCGGCAGAGAGGCGCCUUCUUCUCCUUCGCGUCUCCCCUGCUCCUAGGGCCAGACAUGGAAGAUGGAUCUAAUUCUGCAAGCUGCUUUAGGAGGUUUACGGACUGUUUCUUGAAUACAAGCCUAACAGAUGAAAAAGUGAAGGCGUAUCUUUCUCUUCACCCCCAGGUACUGGAUGAGUUUGUGUCAGAAAGUGUAAGUGCGGAAACUGUGGAAAAAUGGCUAAAAAGGAAAAAUAACAGACAAGAAGAUGAAAUGGCUCCUAAAGAAGUCAGCAGGUACCAGGAUACAAAUAUGCAAGGUGUAGUGUACGAAUUAAACAGCUACAUAGAGCAGCGCCUGGAUACAGGAGGAGAUAACCAACUGCUUCUGUAUGAACUGAGCAGCAUCAUUAAAAUAGCUACAAAAGCUGAUGGAUUUGCACUGUAUUUCCUGGGAGAAUGCAAUAAUAGUCUGUGUAUAUUUACACCACCAGGAGCUAAAGAAGGACACCCACGACUCAUUCCUGCAGGGCCCAUUGCACAUGGCACUACAGUAUCUGCUUAUGUAGCCAGAUCCAGAAAAACGUUGUUAGUAGAAGAUAUUCUGGGGGAUGAGCGAUUUCCCAAAGGUACUGGACUGGAGUCAGGGACCCGUAUCCAAUCCGUUCUGUGUUUGCCAAUUGUCACAGCAAUUGGUGACCUGAUUGGUAUCCUAGAGCUUUACCGUCACUGGGGCAAAGAAGCCUUCCACCACAGUCACCAAGAGGUUGCAACAGCAAAUCUUGCAUGGGCUUCAGUAGCAAUACAUCAAGUACAAGUGUGCCGGGGCCUUGCCAAGCAGACUGAACUGAAUGACUUCUUGCUUGAUGUAUCGAAAACAUAUUUUGAUAAUAUAGUUGCAAUAGAUUCUCUACUUGAACAUAUAAUGAUAUAUGCAAAAAACCUGGUGAAUGCAGAUAGGUGUGCACUCUUCCAGGUUGACCACAAAAAUAAGGAGCUGUAUUCAGACCUUUUUGAUAUUGGAGAAGAAAAUGAUGGAAAACCUGUCUUUAAGAAGACCAAAGAAAUAAGAUUUUCUAUAGAAAAAGGAAUAGCUGGUCAAGUGGCAAGAACAGGAGAAGUCCUUAAUAUCCCUGAUGCCUAUGCAGACCCACGCUUUAACAGAGAAGUAGACCUCUACACAGGCUACACAACCAGAAAUAUCCUGUGCAUGCCUAUUGUCAGCCGAGGAAGUGUAAUAGGUGUUGUGCAGAUGGUGAACAAAAUAAGUGGAAGUGCCUUCUCUAAAACUGAUGAGAACAACUUUAAAAUGUUUGCAGUCUUUUGUGCUUUAGCCUUACACUGUGCUAAUAUGUACCACAGAAUUCGUCAUUCAGAGUGUAUUUACCGUGUAACGAUGGAGAAGCUAUCCUACCAUAGUGUUUGUACAGCUGAAGAGUGGCAAAACCUCAUGCACUGUACACUGCCUCCACAUAUUUAUAAAGAAAUUGAGCUAUACCAUUUUGAUAUCAGUCCAUAUGAGGAUGUCUGGCCUGCCAUUUUUGUCUACAUGGUUCAUCAGUCCUGUGGGACAGCCUGCUUUGAACUUGAAAAGCUGUGUCGAUUUACUAUGUCUGUGAAGAAGAAUUAUCGCCGCGUGCCCUACCACAACUGGAAGCAUGCAGUCACCGUCGCACAUUGCAUGUAUGCCAUCCUGCAGAACAACCAGGGCCUUUUCACUGAUCUAGAGCGAAAGGGUCUUUUAGUUGCAUGCCUGUGUCAUGACCUGGAUCACAGAGGUUACAGCAACAGCUAUCUUCAGAAAUUUGAUCAUCCCUUAGCUGCUCUCUAUUCCACAUCAACAAUGGAACAGCACCACUUCUCGCAGACUGUGUCCAUCCUGCAGCUGGAAGGGCACAAUGUCUUCUCCAAUCUGAGCUCCAGUGAAUAUGAGCAAGUACUUGAGAUCAUCCGGAAAGCCAUCAUCGCCACAGACCUUGCCCUGUAUUUUGGAAACAGAAAACAGCUUGAGGAGCUGCAUCAGACGGGAGCAUUAAACCUUAAGAACCAAACACACAGAGAUAGAGUGAUUGGACUGAUGAUGACAGCUUGUGAUCUGUGUUCUGUAACAAAAUUGUGGCCAGUUACCAGACUGACAGCCAACGAUAUAUAUGCAGAGUUCUGGGCUGAGGGUGAUGAAAUGAAGAAAACAGGUAUUCAACCUAUUCCUAUGAUGGACAGAGAUAAGAAAGAUGAAGUCCCUCAGGGUCAGAUUGGGUUCUACAAUGCUGUAGCCAUCCCAUGUUACACCACCCUUGCACAGAUCUUUCCUCCAACUGGGCCACUACUCCGAGCGUGCAGGGACAAUCUCAACCAAUGGGAGAAAGUAACGAGAGGUGAGGAAGCCUCUAUAUGGAUUUCUUCUCAAUCCCUUGCUCCUGGGACAUCUGAUUCUCUUCCUGUGAAGAUUGAUGACUGAACAUCAGCAACAGAUUGCUUUAACAUGAAAAGCACCCCUUCUUGUUUUGGGGAUUGUUUUUUUGUUUUGUUUCAUUUUUAUUUGGAAAAAAAAAAAAGGAAAAAGGAAAGCUACAAAAUGCUAACUAAGAAGUAGACCUGCCUGGGAAGGUAGCACCCACGGAGUUACCUCAGCUAAGUGACUCCGACAGCCAAUCUCCUGACCUACACCAGUGACACAAUGUAAACAGAGGGAAAAUGACAACCCAGAUGUUUUGGAGUCAGCUAUCAAAAGAGAACUUACAACUUGUGAAUAUAAAAGACUGGCCUUAUCUCAUGGGCUACAUUGCUGAGGCCUUAAUUUAAAACUGAUGGGGGUGGGGGGAAUCUUAUGGGGUACUUCUAAAUUGUAUCUUUCUAGUAAGGGUUUCAAUGGUACUUUUAUUAUACUGUACUGUGGCUGGCUUUAACACCAGUGUCACUUGGGAGUUCUUGGCUAUAAAUAGAACAAUAUACCCAUUGCUAUUGUGAAUGUUUAUGUGUGAUCUACUUGUAAUCAGUUUGAACUCCAGCAGAAUCCUUGGAGACUAUAAUUUAUGCUUAGGUUACUCUCUUGCUGGAAACUAAAGGAAAACCAACAUUCAGGUUAAAGUUUUAAAGUACUUCAUUAAGCAUCAUGAUGCCAAUUGUCUGUCACUCACAAGGGAAAUGUUGAUAGAACUAGUGAUGGUGCUUUGUUCUUUAGGAUGUUUUUUAAACCUAGAAAACUCCUCCCUUAAAACACUGGAAGUACUGGAUAAUUAUCUCCGAUAUGAGAGGGAGUUUCAGGUUGGAGUUUUUGUGUCCAUAGUGAUAGAAAUAGCGGACUAAAAUUUAAAUGUGACAGCAAAGAUUUCCUUGCCCAGCUCACAAUUAAGUAAAGUCAUCAUUUUUAUUUCUACCUACUGAGCUGUAUUUUAAAAGGUAUUAGAGACAUACCUGAAGUAUGCUAUCUGCUCGGAACAAAAGCCUUGUCAGAAAAUUCAGGUGUGAUAAGAGAGAUUGUGGUACCAUCACAAUAAAUCAAAAAUGUGUUUGUAUUGACUAGCUAUUGUGUUGCACAGUAACACUGCAUGUCUUCUACUGCUUUUUCCCCCCAUCCCAAGAUGAGUGAAAUUAGGAAACUUCUCCAUUUGUCUGUUUGUUUUUUCCCCUAGUUAGCAAAAUUUCCAGGUUUAGAAAUGCCUUUAUUAGUGAAAGAAUAGCUGACUGAAGAAAAGUACACUAAAUGGUGUGUUUACAGUUCUGUGCUGACAGGCCUCAGCCUUAACAAACUUAUGCACAGACUUACAUGUAAUGCCACUCUUUUAAAUUUAGUGCAAUUGUACAGAGUAUGUCUCAUGACACUUAAUUUGCCUUUGUCUUUCUCUUAAAAAUAAUGAGAAAAAAAAACUUCAUAGUGAUCCACACAGUAGGUGAAAACACAGUCUUUGCAUACCUUUCACAUACAGCAUAUACUGCAUUAUGUGCUUUUUCACAGAUAAUGCGCUCUUGUAGAGGUUCCGUGAUAACAUGGCCAUUGUGUAACUGCGACGAGUAAUGGUAGUGACCUAAAGACAGAACACAGGUUCUUUUUUUCCAUCUCCUGUCUUUUGGGCUCUAUUGCUCUAACAGGCAUGCCAGCUUUUGGGUUCCAUGUGAACAACUUGGCCUCUUGAGUUUUGCCUUCUGUUAUGGUCGAGCACAUGCCAGUAUCUGUAUAUGUGUACAGUACGUGAUCCGUAGUCGCAUAAUGUAUAAAUGCACCUAAGCCUUUGCUGUACAUAGAGAUCCCACAGGCUGAGAAUUCAAUAUGAAGUUAUCUUAUUUGUAUGAUGCAUGUUACUUAGCAACAGCCCCAUCAUUUUUUUCAGUUUCCCUUAGCAAUUCUAAGUGCAGAAAUUCUUUGGUAAUCACAGCAAACUGGUUUGGAAUUGAAAAAGAACAAAAACAAAAAAGAAAAACAUGGCAUGAAACAAUUACACCGAAGUAGAAUGAAUAAUAUCUCAUGCUGUGUCCUCUACUUUCCUCCUUAGGCAUUCUGUUUCAGCUAAGUAAUGCAGAUGCAACCUUUCAUCCACUAAGUACUUGAGACAGAAUCCACUGUUCGUAAUUUACAUGGAAAUUAUCUAAAUCUAUGGUGACUACAAAAAUCCUUUUGAAAUUCAGAUACCUCAACAACUGGAUGGAAUGUUUUCCUUUCCUUUGUGGGCUAACUAUAUUUGCUUAAGCAUAUUUGCUUUAAAUACAUUUGCCAUAAAUAUAUUUGUCAUCAUUUUCCCUUUUUUUCCCCCUCUCCAUUUAAAAAUGCUGAUAUUAAAAGCAUUGCAAAAGUAUUCCUUAUCACACUAUGCCUGCGUGUAUGGAAAGCUUUUCAUUCAUCUUUUACUCACGGACAGUAAAGGUAAAUUCACUAGUUCUGCUUCCCACCAUUAAAAAUACUUGGCAGUAUCACACACGACGUUAUGUUUUGAAGUUUAUAAGUACUGAUAGAGAGCAUGUUUCCCUGGCAAAUUUGUCAAACUGGCAAUAAGUUGUUCUAUUAAUAUCUCAAGUGAAUCAGCUACUGUUUCUAAUAUAGAGCUAUCCAAACCACUUAAAAUAUAUGUUUGCUAUAGUAUAAUGUCUAUUACAAUUUUUAAAAAUUGGCUCCAGUGGCUGUGAUUUGGUUUGAUUUCCUGGUGUGUAAAAGGAGAAAGGUCAUAACAAAAUGUUACUCCUUGUUAGGACCUAGACCAACAAAAAUAGUCAUGACAAGCUGGGUUUUUUUUAGCAAAUAUAGUCUGUUUUGGCAUUUACAGAGUACAGAUUUGUAUGUGUAAAUAUUUUGUAGAAAAAGAUUUGUAUCUGCACUUCCAAAGUCAAACCCAUCAAAAAUUAGAACCUUGGAGCUGCAUUUGAAUUUAAUGACUCAAAGAUCAUUCCUUUCCUAGAAGUGUUAGAUUUUAUAUUCCUAGAACUGCAUUUUUCUUGAUAAUAAUUCCAGCUGCUUUUCCCUUCUGUGUCUAGUAAAUGUGAAAACACUGUUUGAAGUUCUAACUGAGCAUUUAUAGUGUAUUAUGAAAUGGUGCCUGAAUGGUAUGCACUAAGUGAGAAAAAUAGUUGACAUAGCAUGAUACUCACUGAGAUGUUGCAUAUUUUAUUACAGCACGAAAAAUUCCAUUUUUACAAUUAAUCUAUGAAUUUUGGAUGGUUUUGCAGCAUUCUACUGUAAUGGUUCAACUCAUGGCAGUAAUUUUUUUUCUAUAAAUGACCAUUAGAGAAAUGAAAUACGGGUUUUUUAGGGGGAGUAUAUGAUCAAGCAUAUUAAAUUGGAGGGGACAUGCAGAAUGGAAUUCAUCUUUUUAUGUGGUACAGAUUUCUUUCCUGUGUUUAAACUUAAAACAGUGGGAUCAGUUUGCUGUGACUGCACUUAGAGCAUUUAGUGUUAAAAUUGUAGGAGUAGCAAAAAGCACUGUUCAUGUUAAAAAAUAGAGAUUGUUAGAUGCUCAAAUCAAUCAUGACCCUCUUGAAAUAAUGCAUUUGCCUCAAACACUGUGAUAUUGGACCAGUUCUGUGAAGUGGAACAAUUAAUUUAUUCAUUCUAAACACAGAAAAGGCUUUCUGCACACUACUACAAAGGAAGUUCAUGUUCAAACUUUAGGUUAUAUAUCCCAAUCUAGCAAAGGCACAUCAUAACUUUUGUUUGCUUUCUGACCAAAAACUGUGCUCGAUUGUAAUACGGGUGUAUACUCUGUCAAAAAACCCUAAAAUAAUGGACUGCUUUCUAGGGUAGAUCAAACUGAUUUGUAGAGUAGUUUCAUAAAUAUUCCAAAUUCAGGUUGGGCUGUUAUGUGAAGAAGAAAGAACUUCAAGGUAACAACAUUCAACUUUACUACAUUUAGUGAGCUGAAAAAUUUGUUUUAUAUAUAUAUAUAUUUACACACACAUAUAUAUAUAUAUGAUACAUAUAAACUAUCUUUGUAAAAAAAUAUGCAAGUGCAAUAAUUUAAAGAGGUCUUAACUUUGCAUUUAUAAAUUAUAAAUACUGUACAUGGUGUGUAAUUUUUUUCAUGUAUUCAUUUGCAGUCUUUGUAUUUAAAAAACAAACCUAAACCUUUACUAUUACGUUUGUACAAUAGAACAGUAAGCAUUUAUUAUGACAUAGUUAAGUUGUAAAUAAAUUCACAAACCAAACAGCCAGUACAUAUGCAUAUAUGGGUGUCCUAUUGUGAAACCUGUUUUUGCUUUUACUGCUGGCUUUAGCACAGCAAGACGACUUCUGUGGAUAUGUAAUUAUACAUAUAAAUAUAUGUAUGAUACAUAAAAUAUAUUUAGAAAUGUUCAUAAUUUUAAUGGAUAUAUCUAUACAUAUACUUUGGUGUGAAUAUUACUGAAUACAGAGUUUUUUAAUAUUA